AUGGCUGACGCCACCACCUCCCUGGCGCAGGACACUGCCAAUCUGCACCUAGACGAGGUUACCGGCGAACGAGUCUCCAAGUCGGAAUUGAAGAAGAGACAGAAGCUACGACAAUUAGAGGAAAAGAAGAAAGAAAAGGCCGCUGCUGCACCUCCCAAGGCCGAGAAGAAGGCCGCCAAUGCAGAGUUAGACGAGAGCAAUCUCAACCCCAAUCAAUACUUUGAGAUCCGAAGUGGACGGAUCAACCGACUGCGAGAGACCAAGUCGCCCAACCCCUACCCUCACAAAUUCCAGGUCAACACGGACGUGCGCAAGUUCGUGGAAGAAUACUCGCACUUCAAGCCGGGCGAGCAGCAGAAGGAUGUUGAGAUCCGCGUGGCAGGACGAGUGUACACCAAGCGAGCAGCAGGCUCGAAGCUGGUCUUCUACGACAUCAAGGGCAAUGGCACCAAAGUGCAGAUCAUGUGCCAGGCGCAAGAGGCGGCAGGCGAGCUCAGCUUCGAGGCUCAACACGAACACCUUCGACGAGGAGACAUCAUCGGUGUUGUAGGCUAUCCGGGCCGCACGGCGCCCAAGAACCGACCGAACGAAGGCGAACUCUCUGUAUUCGCGCGAGAGGUGGUCCUCCUCACACCGUGCUUGCACCAGAUCCCUUCGGAGCACUUUGGUCUGCAGGACGUGGAGACACGAUUCCGCCAGCGAUACCUCGACCUGCUGAUUAACGACAAAUCGCGCAACAUUCUGCUCACACGGGCCAAGAUUGUCAAGUAUAUCCGCAACUAUUUCGACUCGAACGGGUUCGUCGAGGUGGAGACGCCCAUGAUGAACUCGAUUGCGGGCGGCGCGACGGCCAAGCCCUUCAUCACGCACAUCAACGAGUAUCACCAGGACAUGUUCAUGCGUAUCGCCCCAGAACUGUACCUCAAGAUGUUGGUGGUGGGCGGGAUCGAGCGCGUGUACGAGCUGGGCAAGCAGUUCCGCAACGAAGGCGCCGACCUAACGCACAACCCGGAAUUCACCACAUGCGAGUUCUACGAAGCUUACGCCGACGUCUACGAUGUUAUGGAGCGCACCGAGGAGCUGGUGUCGGGUCUCGUCAAGGAAGUCACGGGCGGCUACAAGACCACCUUCCACACCCAGCACGGCGAGGUGUACGAGGUCGACUGGUCUCGGCCGUGGAAGCGCGUCGACAUGAUCCCGGCCCUCGAGGAAGCCACCGGCGAAAAAUUCCCUCCUGGCGACCAGCUCCACACCGCCGAGACCAACGAGUUCCUCAAGCGAGUGUUGAAAAAAGUCAACGUGACAUGCCCGCCUCCUGAGACCAAUGCCCGCAUGCUCGACAAGCUCGUUGGCGAGUUCAUCGAGGAGAAGUGCGUCAACCCGACCUUUAUCACGGGUCAUCCGCAGAUGAUGUCCCCGCUUGCCAAGUACCACCGGUCGCGUGCCGGAAUCUGUGAACGUUUCGAGGCCUUUGUGUGCAAGAAGGAAAUCGUCAACGCCUACACCGAGUUGAACGACCCCUUUGAUCAACGUCUACGCUUCGAGGAGCAGGCCCGCCAAAAGGCCCAGGGCGACGACGAGGCCCAGAUGAUCGACGAGAACUUCUGCACCAGUCUUGAGUUUGGCCUGCCCCCAACCGGUGGUUGGGGUAUGGGUAUCGACCGUAUGGUCAUGUUCCUGACUGACAACUACACCAUCCGCGAGGUCCUGGCUUUCCCAUUUAUGAAGGAGGAAAAGGCCGCCGACAAGAAGGAGCUGGCUGCUGAGGUUGUUGGCGUCGAGCCUGUCCCUACCGAAGGCAUUGGUGAGUGGUAG